AAUCACAGUACUGAGACAGACCUCACCAAAGUUGUCAGUGAUCUCACAACUAGCACUGAUGCUAACAAGGUCUCCAUUCUAGUCUUAAUAGACAUAAGUGCUGCCUUUGACACCAUAGACCACAAUAUUCUUAUUGACUGACUUGAGAACUGGGCUGGCCUCUCUGGGUGCGUUUAAAAUUGGUUCCGCUCAUAUAUAAUGGGAAGAAAGUUUUUUGUUACUAUGGGAGAUAAUGUAUCAGGGAUACAUGAAUUACCAUUUGGUGUUGCUCAGAGUAGCUGCCUUGGUCCUCUGCUUUUUUCACUGUACAUGCUUCCAUUAGGUGACGUCAUCAGAGAACAUAACCUCAAUUUCCACAGCUACGCAGAUGACACCCAACUAUAUAUUUCACUAGACCCAAGUGAUGACCAAUCCAUCUGUCACCUGUCAUCUGGAUUGGCUGCAAUAGACAAGUGGAUGCAAACCAAUUUUCUUAAAUUAGAUGGUGACAAAACCGAAAUCUUAUUAGUUGGUCCCCAAGCAAAACGGGAGAUAAUUCUUUCCAAACCUGGCAGUUUGGCUGUGCAGGUUAAAUCUGAAGUCACGAGCCUGGGUGUUAUCCUUGACUCAGACCUAAAUUUUAAAUCUCACAUAAAGAAGGUGACCAAAACAGCUUUUUUUCACUUACGAAAUAUUUCAAAGGUGCGACCAUUCCUAUCCCAACAAGAUGCCGAAAAACUGGUACAUGCAUUCAUUUCAAGCAGACUUGACUACUGUAAUGCUCUCUUCACCGGUCUUCCAAAGCAAUCCAUUGACAAAUUACAAUUAAUUCAGAACUCUGCGGCCAGGCAGUUAACUAGAACAAGAAAGAGAGAGCAUAUCACCCCAGUUUUAGCUAACCUUCACUGGCUUCCAGUAUCUUUUAGGAUUGAUUUUAAAGUGCUUUUACUUGUUUUUAAGGCUCUUAAUGGGUUGGGACCAGCCUACAUUAUUAAUUCUUUGUCGUUUUAUAUUCCUUCACGGCCUCUUAGAUCCUCUGCUGCCUGCUUUUUAAAUACAAACUACUCUAAUAAGAAAAUUGGCAGCUCAGCCUUUUUUAACUAUGCACCAAAAUUAUGGAACUCACUACCCAAGGAUAUAAAAGAUACAAGCUCUGCAAACAUUUUCAAACGACAAUUGAAAACUUAUUUAUUCAACAUUGCUUUCAACUAACUGUCGCUAUUCCCUGGUUUUUAUCCCCAUCCUUCACAUUUUUUAUCUGCUUCCAUGCAUUCCGCUGUUUUACUUUUAUCUUUUACAUAUUAUGUUGUUCUUGGUUUCAUUGUGCAGAAUUUGCACUUGUCUUUUUUUUUUUUUUUUUUUUUUUUUAAAUUGUAUUUGUCUGUUUUUAUUUUGUUGUAAAGCACUCUGAGCUACACCUCCCUGUAUGAAAGGUGCUAUAUAAAUAAAGUUUAUUAUUAUUAUUAUUAUUAACAAAGAAUUGAAGAGUAGCAGACAAGGCAGCAUUGUGCUCUGCAGGCUGUCCUGUCAUGACAUCAGACACUUACAAUGUGGAUAACACCAGCAUAAAAGUCAUGUAUGGUCCCACAGCUAUGUACACUUUUCAAUUUGAUCUUCAUAAAUUCAGUACAACCCUUUAGUAAAAGGACAUAAAAUCAGUGAGGGAAACAGCACUUCAACUUAAACACUGACUGGCUUUUCUUUGUCAACAAGCUUCACAAUGGUCACUAUUCACUGCAGUGUUGGUGCCUGCCAUAAUAGGAGCCAGGGCCUGGCUUUUCUAUUGUGUCUGCUGCUGUAUGUUGUGUUUGUUUAUCUGAGUAGCAGACUGAAUUUGGAUCCAGAGGACACAGCUGAUGGAUAGUGAGUGAAUGAGUUUGUCUCUUUGAAUACUCUAAGUCAGGAGUGAUUUACAGCUUUGGAUUGAAUUCUUCCACUAUUAAAGCUCUUCAGUGUGUGUGGUAUCAGCGAGAGGCCCCAAAAUAACCAGAGCAGAAAAAGACCCAGAGAGGGGGUCAGGAAGUGAGUUCAGAGCAUCUCAAGAGCCUGUCUGCAGCAGGUGUCUCACUCCAUCCUUCCACCAAGACCUCCACAUAAGACUUCAAAGCAUAAUGGAAGGCACCAGAACUUCUCUCUGGCUGUUUCUUCUGCUCAACCAGCUGCUGUUCUGUCCUACGGAUGCAGACCAAGACCUUUCAACCUUGCAGCCAAAUUCGUACAAAACAGAAGAUCAAGGUGG